CAUAUAGCUUGGAUCUACGAUCUGAUAAGCGCCCUCGGACACGCCCUGUCAGGGACUUUCUGAGCGUGGUGCCACUUGUAUUUGCCGUCCCUAGGCAGCGAAAUUUUCGACUAAAAAAACAUCUGGCAACACUGGCUGAUGACAACCCGUCAAUCACGUGCUCUGGUUAAUGUCAAAAAACGUCUAUUGAAAAUUAAAAACAGUUUUGUCAAGUAUGGAGGAGAACUCAAAAUUACCGAAAAGCGUUUUAAACAUUCCGGGCACUAAACCAAAUGUUCAAAACGGACAGCUUCUGUUGUCCUCUGGAAUCCCUUCUUUAGAUGAACUCACAGGUGGUGGGUUUCCUGUAGGAAGCGUUGUAUUCAUUGAGGAAGAUAAACAGUGCACAUAUGCGAAAAUACUUUUGAAGUACUUCAUAGCAGAAGGUGUGGUGUGUGGUCAUUCUACCUUUAUCGCUAGUCAAGAUAUGUCGACAAAUAGUAUAAUGCAAGAAUUACCUGAUGUGCUAUCAUUUGAUCCCGAACCUGAUUUGAACAAGAGUUCGAAUGACAUGGAAAUGAAAAUAGCAUUUAGGUAUCAGAAACUUCCUACAUCGGAUAAGCCCAAAGAAUUAGACAUUGGUCAUUUUUAUGACCUAACAAGAGUUAUGCCCCGGAGUACAAUUGAACGCUCUGAUAUUACAAACUGGUCGAAACAAAGUAGCACAAACGUUCCCAACACAUUUUCAAAUCCUGAUUAUCAUUACUUACUUGAAGAUAUAAAAAACAAAAUACAAUCAGGACAUUUUAAUGUAACUGAUAAGGUACAACAGCGAUCAAUUCUACGAGUUGGAUUACAUGCAUUAGGAUCUCCAAUGUGGUUCGAUCGUUCUUUUACGGGACUGACAAUUAAUCAACACAGAGAUUUGAAUAUGUUUAUGUUCUGUUUAAGAGCUCUUAUGAGAUCAGCUUUUGCCAUAGCGAUUGUUACAGUUCCUUCUCAUUUAAUAUCAAAGCAUAUUAUAGAUCGAUGCAUUUAUUCCAGCGAUAUCGCAAUUAAGCUGCAAUCAUUUGCAGGAACAGAACUUGAGAAUAACUCUGUUCUUGCAGACUACCAUGGCUACUUUCAAUUAACUAAAUUGGCUGCCAUUAAUUCCUUCGCAUCUAAACAUCCAGGAAGUGUCGAAUAUGUUUAUAAAUUAAGAAGAAAGAAAUUCUCUAUAGAGAAGCUUCAUUUACCACCAGGUUUUGAUGAUUCUCAAAAUAAGAAGACACCAAGCACAGGUUGUGGUAGUAGUACUAAGCAUUUAUUAGAAUUUUAGUACUCGUUUAUUUUUGUUUAUGCAUCUAAGGUGUUUGUAUAUUAAUAUAUUUAUAAUUUUUUAAUAAUGAAAAUAAAAGUUAUACCUAAUUUACAA